UGGUUUGUCGGUGGUCGUUGCCCGCUCGUCAUGGCGAGCUACCGGGAGUUCCACUCGCAGCUGACGGGCAUCAUGGAGGCUCUGGCCCGGGCGGCGGUGCUGGAGGUCCUCGGGCUGCUGGACGGAGGCUACGCCGGGCUGCAGGAGGAGCUGGGCCGCAGCCGGAGGGAGAACCGGGCGCUGCGGCGGAGGAUCCAGAGCCUCGUCGCCCGGAGCCUCCACCAGGGGGCGGACCUCGGAGCCGAACGAGUCUCACCGACGGGAGCGAGCUCCAAGCGGCCGAGAGCUUCCAGCCGCAAGCGACACAGAAGGUUCACUGCUCCAGAGGAGACAGCAGCAGUGGACGAGGAUCCGUCUGCAGCAGCCGAGGACACGAGCCAUCAGGACGUGGUUCUGAUAAAAGAGGAAGAGGUGGAAACAGACGUGGACGACGAUGAUGAUGAGGGAGAAGAAGAGCUGCUCAACCAGGGCGGCUCCGAGGUGCGGCCCCCAGCAGCAGACGACAGGGACCAGGGACCCUCACUGAUGAGGAUCUCCACCUCGGACAUGAGGCUGUGGGAUCAGACCAGCACCGGGACGUCGGGACCACCAGUCGACCACAGGGACUCCCUGAGUGGGCGGGGCUCCCCGGGUCCCGUGCAGGUCUCUGACAGCAGCUCCUCGGACGUGGCGUUCGACCUGGCGUCGGAGUCGGACUGUGAAGCUCUGUCCUCGGCCUCGUUGAGGAAGCCCUUCCUGCUCGGGGCGGGGGGGAGUCCUGCCUCGCUGCCUGGGACCUCCGAGCUGAAGGGGGGCGUGUCUCUGAUCAGAUCCCUCCCCUACGACACCGAGCUGGACCUCUGCUCCUCGUGGCCUGGGCAGGGCCUCCCCAGCACGGGGCCCGUCCCACAUCGGCCGUAUCUCAAAGCCGACCACCGCCCGACCCUCGUGGACAAAGUGUGUGACCUGAACGCUGCAGGCUUCCCCUGGACCCUGGGCCUCGGCAGCUCCAGUCUGGACCCGCUGGACCUGAACCGGUACUGCAGGGACCGACGCUUCAUCUGCAGCUACUGCGGGAAGUGCUUCACGUCAUCACGGAGCCUGGAGACGCACGUUCGCGUCCACACGGGCGAGCGGCCGUACAGCUGCGCUCAGUGCGGGAAGCGCUUCACGCAGUCGGGUCACCUGAAGACGCAUCAGAGCGUCCACACCGGAGAGCGGCCGUUCGCCUGCGAGCACUGCGGGAAAAGAUUCGCCGGGAAGCAGAACCUCAGGAUCCAUCAGCAGAAACAUCACCCGGCCGAGCAGGAAGCCGCUCCACAUCCUGCUGUGAUUCGCUGAAACACGCAGCGAUGGAUCUGUGCUGAGGAAACGACCGUGAACCGUGAGGGACCACAACGUGUUAAACAGAACUCUCUCCAGGUGAAGACCUUUUACAGAGGUUUGAGAGGAACUGGUGUUUUUACAUAGAAAAACUGAUCCAUAGUUGUGACCGUUUCAUUUAGGCUUUAGUUAUUUUUAACUUUUAUCUGCCUCGGAAACAGAUCGUUGACUGUGAUCUGAUCUUGAUGAAUUCUUACCUCAUGAAGACUGUGGAGUGUUCAGAUCCCGUCAGGACGUCGGGAUCGAGAGCUGCCAGAGGAAAACAGAUUCCUGUAGAAGAAGAAGCAUGUGAAUGUUCACUGGAUGUUUCUCUGGAAUAAAACGUCAGUGAACUGAAA